AUGGAGAACACCCUGGUGGCCACAGGGGGGAGGAUUUUUGUCCGUCAGGUGGAAGCCGGUGGCAGAGAGGCCGGAGAGCCCUGCUCCAGAGGACUCCGAGCUCAGGGCGCCAGAUGUGCCCACUGGGGCCUCGGAAGGGGCCCGAGGGUCCUCACGGGUUCUCGGGGCAGAAGGCAGCAGGGAGAAGAGAGGCUGGAGUUCCGGGUCCGCGGUGGCUGGGGGUGGAGGGGCCGGUCCCCGGUGGGCCCGGGAGUGGAAGCCGCGGGAGGGCACGCGGGGCGGCACGUCACUGUCCCUCCCUCGAUUCCAGAGCAGCUGUCGCACCUCUGCCCUAAGGAGUGCCCGCACAUCGUCUUUCAAGCCGUCUCGGGGCCCCUGGCCGCGGCCACCGCUUCCGUCCUCACCAAUCCCAUGGACGUCAUCCGAACCCGGGUGCAGGUUGAAGGCAAGAGCUCCAUCACCCUGACCUUCAGACAGCUGAUGGCAGAGGAGGGGCCUUGGGGGCUCAUGAAGGGCCUAUCGGCCAGGAUCAUCUCGGCCACGCCCUCCACCAUCGUCAUCGUGGUGGGCUACGAGAGCCUCAAGAAGCUCAGCCUCCGACCCGAGCUGGUGGACUCGAGACACUGGACUCACGGAAACAGAUGUCACCAUGGGAACCUCUGAGACGUGGAACUGUUUGUGGUUUUCGUCUUGCCCCCGUGAAGAGUCAGCCCCGUCACCGUUGUCCCGAGGGAUGCCCCGGAGAGUGAGGAGCGGGUCAGGAGGCUCCCCCCCCCCCACCCUGCCGAUACCAGGACCACUGCAUCUACCAGCCGAUACUGCCCAGAUGACCUGCUGAAGCUCUUAGGGGCGGGUUGCGAGCCCUUCUCCCUCGCACCUGGUGGGCAGCCCCCAACUGAGGAGAAGGCAGGGCAGACUCUGCCCUUGUACUUGAAAGGCUUGGGGGACGACCCUGCACAUCUUAUGGGCCCCGCCCCUGGGAAAGGCCCGGUGCCCAUCUGAAAGGUGCUAGCUCCCCGAAGCCCCUGCUUCUAAUGGCUGCCAACCACCGUCACCAGAUCAGAGCCCGAAGGCCCGUUCCUACCUGCACCGCCACCAGCGCCCAUCCACCCUUGACCUUCCAGGGCAUUGCCCCUCGCACCUGUCUCCAGUUUUGUUUGUCCUUUCCCUUUGUCAGGUGCCCCCCAGUUUCUGUCCACAGAUGGUCACCCAGACAGUCCUCAGGUCACCCUGAACCUCCCUGCCUCGCAGGAACCCAUUUUCCCCAAGAACCAUCUACGCAACAGAGGCCGGAGCCCCCUCCUCUCUUUGAGUCCAUCCUGGUGAGACCCUUGUGGCUCAGCCCGGCGCCCCAUGGCGGGGCUGCCCCUCAGUUCCCCUCCUGCCCACGUGCUCACACAGACACAUACACUGGCCUUUGCACAUACAGACUACGUCUCACACGCACACAACACACACUGACAUUCCCACACACGCAGUCUCAUACACUGACAUACACGUGCCAGCUGUGAAAGGACGUGGAUCUGGUGGCAGGGACCCGGCCGUGACCCUCCUAUCGUAGAGGCCCAGGGCCGGGGCCAGAACCUUCGGCCGCACCCGCUGGUCCCCUGCGAGCUGGUCGGCAGCCCGAACUGGAAGGGGCGGGAGCGCGCGCUGUGGGCGGACACUCCCUGUUGCACUGUACGAGGUCUCUGAACUGUAAUUAAAAGUUUUUGUCGAACCCCCAA